AUGAACGUUUUAAAUGCUCCAAGCUCCUUGCAAGAACAACCCUCAUCAUCAAAGCUACUCGACGAGUUUCGAGCUAGAAAGGAUAAGAACAGGAGCCCCAUUCAAUCGAAAUACGAAAUCGUUGGUUUCAUCUCUGCUGGAACUUAUGGACGUGUAUUUAAAGCAAAGAGCUUGAAUCCAUACUCUACUCGUGAAUUCGCCGUAAAGAAAUUCAAACCCGACAAGGAAGGUGAUCCUGCUCUACAAUCCGGAAUCUCACAGUCGGCCUGUCGUGAAAUCGCUCUAUGUCGAGAACUAAACCAUGAAAACAUUGUUGCGCUGGAAGAAGUCAUGCUAGAUCCUUCUGAUCGAAGCAUUUAUAUGGUGUUUGAGUACUGUGAACAUGAUUUGCUGCAAAUCUUGCACUUUCACAGUCAUCAAGAACGUAGGCCCGUUCCAGAGUAUACUGUAAAGGCCUUCUUGUGGCAGUUGUUGAAUGGGUUGGCGUACUUGCACUCAAAUUGGAUAUUGCAUAGAGAUCUGAAACCUGCAAACAUCCUCGUAACUUCAGAUGGUGUUGUCAAGAUAGGGGACUUGGGUCUCGCUCGUCUCUUCGUAAGACCACUACAGCCCUUGUUCAACGGUGACAAGGUCGUCGUGACUAUAUGGUAUCGUGCACCAGAGCUACUUUUAGGUGCAAGACAUUACACGAAAGCUGUUGAUAUAUGGGCAAUAGGCUGCAUAUUCGCCGAACUCCUCAUGCUACGUCCCAUAUUCAAGGGGGAAGAAGCCAAAAUGGACAAUAAGAAAAACAUCCCUUUCCAGCGAGAUCAGCUAAACAAGAUCUUCGAAGUGCUUGGAUCUCCUACACGUGAACGAUGGCCAGGAAUAGAACACAUGCCCGAAUCAGCCAACCUGUCUACAUUCAGACACUAUAAUAACAAUCUACGAGCAGUAUACAACCAAUCCUCAUCUUCGAAAUCCGAUAAAGGGUUUCAUCUCUUGUCGGCCAUGUUGGAGUAUAAUCCAGAUCUAAGGAUUACCGCCGCAGAUGCUUUGAAUCAUGCGUUCUUUUCAGAGGAUCCGAAACCUUCUAUGCAUGCCUUCAAUUCACCUGCCGACAACCAUCGUGAAUUCGAAUAUCCAAUGAGAAGAGUCGUGCAAGAUGAUACUGAAAAGACACAGUUUGCUAGCAAGAUCCUGUCUAAACUGACGUCCACGACUCAAGGUGGUGCAAGUGGUGGUUCGUCCUCAAACAGCAUGAUGGGUUCUUCUGCUAAAAAGAAGGCGAGAACUGGAAUUUGA